GCUGUAUCGUCCAUUCAAAUAUCCACAAAAAUUCUCUCAAGACCCCUUCCCCCACUUUCCUUAUCCUUCCUAUCGCAUGUCAGAAAACGGCUUUUCAAGCCUACAGAAAUAUGCCCCACGUCACGUUUAUCGGCCUUCCUUCUGAAAUACUCGAGCAGAUCCUAUUCUCCUGUGAUCCCAUCGACGUCGCCUCAUUCGCCCAGGUGUCUCGUUUAUCUCGCGAGCUCGUGUACAAUACCUCUGAUGCUCACUUUUGGCGUGAGCUCUAUCUCGCGCAGGCUCUUGACGAUCCCAGGACUGCUGUCACACGUCUUGGGACAGCGAGACUGAAUAUAGAUUGGAGAGGCGAACUGCAAAGGAUUAUCAGGGCGAGGACAGUCGUCAAUAAUAUCGCUCUCUGCAGGCCUCAUGAACGGUGCACCAUAAUUCAAACUUUGCUCGACAUGGUGUGCAAUGUCCGCCCGAGCCCCUAUGCAGACAGCGAUCAGAUAUCCGAUAACAUCGAGUGGGUCAAGGCACUACUGGGCGGCGGUUAUUUCCUCCAUCACCGUCGCUGGCAGAUAUCUUUCCAAGAGGAACAGCUCAGGGCUCAUCUGCACACGUGCUUUGGGCUCACGCAUCAUGAUACGACGCUGAUGUCGAGGACAGAGUCCCGUGCGAUCGUGUAUAAUCUACAACACUACGGACCGCAGAAUGAGUAUGGGCCAUAUAUGAUGGAUGGGAGUGGAAGAGUAGACUGGGUGAUCAUGCAGGCCAUUCAUCACGUAUUGUCUAUGCAUCUCUAUGAUGCCAAUGAGGACGAGGAAGAUGAUUUCGAGUACGAUAUCUUUCCGAUGAGUCUUCCCUAUGUCCAGAGUAUCAUUCCUCGUGGCUUGAAUCUCGAUGAAGACGAAGAUUGGGCAGACGUAGAAGGGUUGUGGCAGAUAGCUUAUUGUUUCAUGGAUCAUCGUGACUUGCUGCGCUUCAACAACUACGAUCAAGCAAAUCAAGGCGAGCUGAAUUAUAGUGUCUUUGAGGGUGAAUUUGAAGAAACGUAUCGUACUGUGGACGUUUAUUUUCGUGUUAUCAAUGUCGAGCCUGAUCCCGCUCAUCCAACCCGACCGGUGAUAAAUUACGUUGGUGAAAUGGACGGCCACUUUACUGUCAUGGGGUGGGUCAAACUUACACCUGAUAAUCAAAUACGUUGGCACUUUGUUGCAGGAGAGCACGGGCAAUUUGUUUGGAGUGGAGAUGCGAUUCAAGUUGGUAACGUUCGCUCGCCUUUUGGCGUCUGCGGAGCAUGGACAACUGUGUUUCACGAUCCUUCGGAUCCCAUAGGUCCCUUUUACAUGCAAAGAAACUAUUCAUUUGACGAUGAUUAUGGAAUGCGAGAAUGAGGACGCGUGUAGGAAUCUUUUUUUUGGGAAACAUAUGCAUUCCAAUAUGUUAUGGUAACCUCCUGUAAUGCUUUCAUGCUAGAGUAGUAUUCAUGUAUGCAAAUUCUAAAGCUGGGCACUCGUCUAGGCAUUUCCUGUGG